AGAUCCCCCUGGGGGCAUCGGGUGAUGGAGAUGCUAGGCUUCUUUUUAGAGCGCCGAUGGCGGCAUUCGAUUCCGUUCAAAGGACAGUGGCGGUAGGAAAGCGGGCUGUGGUCUUUUAAGGGGGCUCGCGAUGGCGAUGAAGGUUUUAGAUUGAUUCCACACAGAACUUUUUGGCUCGAUUCAUUGCUCGAUUGCCAUUACAUGAUUGAAAGGAGCAGCGAGGGGGUGUAGCAACAAGCCGAGUUGCAUGGGUGGAUAAUGGCUGAUCCGCGAGGUGAUGUUCGGAGAGCUCUUCUAAGUUCCAAGAAAGUUUACGACGUUGAGCUGCGAGGUGGUGUUUGGAGAGCUCGUCUAAAGUCCAAGAAGGUUCACGACGUUCGGGCCGCAGAUCCAGUUGAGAGUCCCGUGUUGCCAGCUCCUGGGGGGAGGACUGGAAGGCGUGGUGGUGCGUCGGCUGGCAGAGGCAACAAGACAGCUGCUGAGGGAGGAGGGAGGAAUGCUCUGAAGCCUAGCAGAAAGGAGUGCAAGGCUAUUGAUUUGUGUGACGAUCAACCUUGCCAGGACCUCCCUGAAGCUAUUGCUAGAGGGACAGUUACAGGCAAAGCCCAGGAGGGCCUUGGUUUGAGCAAGGUAGCCGACGGAGCUGUGGACUUCAAGAUGGACUGUGAAAGUGGAGACAAAUUUGCUGCAACAGAAGGUGAAUCCACUGGAACACCAGUGCCUGAGCGGGUUCAAGUUGGCAAUUCCCCAGAGUAUAUAACCGACAGGAAAUUAGGUAAAGGUGGGUUUGGUCAGGUCUAUGUUGGUCAAAGAGUAUCAGGUGGAGGUUCAUGCACGGGCCCAGAUGCACAAGAGGUUGCACUGAAAUUUGAGCAUCGAAACAGUAAAGGAUGCAACUAUGGCCCUCCAUAUGAGUGGCAGGUUUAUCAUACUCUCAAUGGUUGUUAUGGCAUACCAUCAGUCCACUACAAGGGUCGUCAGGGAGACUACUACAUUCUUGUAAUGGAUAUGCUUGGUCCCAGCCUCUGGGAUGUGUGGAAUUCAGUGGGACAGGCGAUGUCUUCCCAUAUGGUUGCUUGCAUUGCUGUGGAAGCUGUAUCAAUUCUUGAGAAGCUUCACUCUAAAGGCUUUGUACAUGGCGAUGUAAAACCAGAGAAUUUUUUGCUUGGUCAUCCUGGGUCAGUUGAUGAGAAGAAGCUUUUUCUGAUUGAUCUUGGUUUAGCAUCCAGGUGGAAAGAAGCAUCAUCUGGUCAGCAUGUUGAAUAUGAUCAGAGACCAGAUGUCUUUAGGGGAACAAUUAGAUAUGCUAGCGUCCAUGCCCACUUAGGUCGUACAGGUAGCAGGAGGGAUGAUUUAGAGUCACUCGCAUAUACCCUAAUCUUUUUAAUAAGAGGGAGAUUACCUUGGCAAGGUUAUCAGGGAGACAACAAGAGUUUUCUUGUUUGUAAGAAGAAAAUGGCUACUGCACCAGAGUUGCUGUGUUGCUUCUGUCCAGCUCCAUUCAAAUAUUUUUUUGAGAUGGUCACUAAUAUGAAGUUUGAUGAAGAGCCAAACUAUGCAAAACUUAUUUCUCUCUUUGAUGGUUUGAUUGAAGGGCCUGCUUCAAGGCCCAUCAGAAUCGAUGGGGCCCUGAAGGUUGGGCAAAAACGUGUGAGAACUGUUGUAAAUCUUGAUGAUGAUGAACAGCCCAAGAAGAAAUUAAGGUUGGGAAGCCCAGCAACUCAGUGGAUCUCAGUUUAUAAUUCUAGGCGACCCAUGAAGCAGAGGUAUCACUAUAAUGUUGCUGAUUCAAGGUUGCAUCAGCAUAUAGAAAAAGGCAAUGAAGAUGGAUUGUACAUUAGUUCUGUGUCUUCUUCAGCAAAUUUCUGGGCUCUCAUUAUGGAUGCUGGGACUGGCUUUCGUUCCCAAGUUUAUGAGCUUUCACAAGUGUUUCUGCACAAGAAUUGGAUUAUGGACCAGUGGGAGCAGAAUUAUUACAUAACGGCAAUAGCAGGAGCAAACAAUGGAAGCUCAUUGGUUGUAAUGUCCAAAGAAACUUCAUACACGCAACAGUCAUACAAAGUCAGUGAAUCCUUUCCCUACAAGUGGAUUAACAAAAAGUGGAAAGAAGGCUUUCAUGUGACAUCUAUGGCUACUGCUGGAAACCGCUGGGGAGUUGUCAUGUCAAGGAACACGGGCUAUUCCCACCAGGUGGUAGAGUUGGACUUUCUAUAUCCAAGUGAAGGGAUCCAUCGGCGAUGGGAGACGGGUUACAGAAUAACGUCGACUGCAGCUACUCCUGAUCAAGCUGCGUUCAUCUUGACCAUGCCAAAGAGGAAGCCAGUGGACGAGACACAAGAAACUCUUCGAACUUCCUCCUUCCCCAGCACCCAUGUCAAGGAAAAAUGGUCAAAAAACCUAUACAUCGCUUCCAUCUGCUACGGCCGGACCGUGUGCUGACGGCUUCAGUUCAACAUUCCAAGCUCCAAUGUGAAGCAAUAUAUAGCUAGCAUUUUGCAGUGAGCUGCCAACCUACGAAACCUCCCUUGCCUGGGAGGUCUGAAUGAGAAGGAAAUGGAGAAUCAAUGGCUGACACCGCCCGUCCUUUUGCAGCCUCCUAUUCUAACCGUAAAA